AUGUGCGUUAGUUACCUUUCAAACCCUUACGUGGACGUGGACGUGGACGUGGACAAGGACGUGGACGUGUACGUGGACGUGGACGUGGAUAAGGACGUGGACAUGGACAUGGACGUGGACGUGGACGUGGACGUGGAGGACUUGGACGUGGACGUGGACGUGGACGUGGACGACUUGGACGUGGACAUGGACGUGGACAUAGACGUGGACAUAGACGUGGACGUGGACGUAGACAUGGACGUAGACGUGGACGUGGACGUAGACGAGGACGUGGACGUGGACGUGGACGUUGACGUGGACGUGGACGUGGUCGUGGACGUGGACGUGGACAUGAAGGUGGACGUGGACGUGGACAUGGACGUGGACGUGGACGUGGACGUGGACAUGGACGUGGACGUGGACGUGGACAUGGUCCUGGACGUGGACAUGGAGAUGGACGUGGAGAUGGACGUGGACAUGGACGUGGACGUGGAGAUGGACGUGGACGUGGACGUGGACAUGGACAUGGACGUGGACGUGACGUGGACGAACGUGGACGUGGACGUGGACGUGGACGUGGACAUGGACGUGGGCGUAGACGUGGACGUGGACGUGGACAUGGACGUGGACAUGGACGUGGACGUGGACGUGGAUGAAGACUUGGUCGUGGACGUGGACGUGGACGUGGACAUGGACGUGGACAUGGAUGUGGACUUGGACGUGGACGUGGACGUGGACGUGGACGUGGACUUGGACGUGGACGUGGACGUGGACGUGGACAUGGACGUGGACGUGGACAUGGACAUGGACGUGGACGUGGUCGUGGACGUGGACAUGGUCGUGGACAUGGACGUGAACGUGGACAUGGACGUGGACGUGGACAUGGACGUGGUGGUGGACGUGGACUUGGACGUGGACAUGGUCGUGGACGUGGAUGUGGACGUGGACGUGGACUUGGACGUGGACGUGGACAUGGACGUGGACGUGGACGUGGAUGUGGACGUGGACGUGGACGUGGACGUGGAUAUGGACGACGUGGAUAUGGACGUGGACGUGGACGUGGACGUGGACGUGGACAUGGACGUGGACGUGGACAUGGACGUGGACAUGGACGUGGACAUGGACGUGGGAAGGGGAUGGGGGGAAGUAGGGAAGGGGAUGGGGGGAAGUAGGGAAGGGGAUGGGGGGAAGUAG